AUUACUUUUCUUUGUGGUUACGGCGUCCAACCCUAUUGGUCGCACCCGUCGGCAAUCUCAGCUAUAAAUAAGACCCCUCCGCCGUUCCCCUUCCACCCAAUUUCUUCUCGGUUGGUAGGAAAGAGUCCCAGGCCAAUCUCUCAGGAUGCAGAUCUUCGUCAAGACCCUCACCGGCAAGACCAUCACUUUGGAGGUCGAGUCGUCGGACACGAUCGACAACGUCAAGGCCAAGAUCCAGGAUAAAGAGGGCAUCCCCCCGGACCAGCAGCGUCUGAUCUUCGCCGGCAAGCAGCUGGAAGACGGCCGCACCCUCGCCGAUUAUAACAUUCAAAAGGAGUCCACCCUCCACCUUGUCCUCCGUCUCCGUGGAGGCAUGCAGAUCUUCGUCAAGACCCUCACCGGCAAGACCAUCACCUUGGAGGUCGAGAGCUCGGACACGAUCGACAACGUCAAGGCCAAGAUUCAAGAUAAGGAAGGUAUUCCGCCGGACCAGCAGCGUCUGAUCUUCGCCGGAAAGCAACUUGAGGACGGUCGCACCCUCGCCGAUUAUAACAUCCAAAAAGAGUCUACUCUUCAUCUGGUGCUCCGCCUCCGUGGAGGGAUGCAGAUCUUUGUGAAGACCCUCACGGGAAAGACGAUCACCCUCGAGGUGGAGAGCUCGGAUACCAUUGAUAAUGUCAAGGCGAAGAUCCAGGAUAAGGAGGGGAUUCCGCCGGACCAGCAGAGGCUGAUAUUCGCCGGGAAGCAGCUUGAGGACGGCAGGACCCUUGCCGACUAUAAUAUUCAGAAGGAGUCCACCCUCCAUCUGGUGCUCCGUCUUCGCGGUGGGAUGUGAAUCCCCGGCCUUUGAUCUGGUGGUCCUUUUAUAAGUGUGUUCCAUGGUGUCGGUGUCCGUAAGUGUCGUCUAAUGUGUUGCCCGUUUAAGUCAUUGUCGUACGCCGGCCUAAUGUGGUCGCGCCUUCUAUCGUCUCCUCGUUGUCUUUCUCAGAAGAUAUAUGCUGCAAAGUUUGAAAAUAACAAUAUUACUGUUUAGUGUCUA